UAUGCAAAUGAUUUAGGAUCAGUUUGGCUCCAGAAAUCGGUGGGGAAGUUCCCUAUGAGAAGGAGUGACCUGUCCUUAUAAGACAAACAGUAUAAAGAGUGAAACCUGGAGACUGAAGUACAGUUAUUGAAUUGGCCUCCUCUUGCAAGAGAUCUCAACAUGAAAUCUUAUGGAGUUCUAGCGUUGCUUCUACUCUGCUUCUGUGUUUGCUCUGCGACUCAGCAGUGCAAUAUACAAGGGCAAUGGAGAAACAAUUUAGGAUCCAAUAUGACAAUACAGAGUGUGAGUGACAAUGGAGCAUUCGCUGGCGUCUACCUCACCGCCGUAUCUUCAGUGAAUACAGAAAUUGUGGAAUCACCUCUCACUGGCUUCUGGAAAAAAUCUAAGCAGCCCAUAAUCGGCUUUGCAGUAAAAUGGGCAUUUUCAGAUUCACUGACAGUGUGGGCCGGGCAGUGCUUCCUGAAUGAAAAUAAUGAAGAGGUUCUACACACAACAUGGCUGCUAAGAUCUAAGCAGGAGGCUCAGCAGGACAACUGGAAAGCAACAAGAAUCGGUGUUGAUACAUUCACUCGACUGAAGUAAAAAGGGAGAGAAACUCCAUCAGCCUUCAUUAGGCUUGAGUCGCUGCAACAAGUCAUCACGAAUUAAGUUUUACUGUUGCAUAAAAUCUGUACUUGAUUAAAUGGAAACUUUAUUUUUACAGGGUAGUCAAUCCAGAUGUUUUGCUUAAGUUGAUGAGCUGAACGUGUGAUGAUCCCCUUCUUGUGUAAAUACUGUGAGAUACUCUCCUUUGAAUAA